CCCCGACCUCUCCAAUAUGGCGGCGCCCAGCGAAGUCCGCACCUGCGAGGACUUUGCCGAGUUCCAGGAAUUGCUCAGGGUGAUGCGGACAAUUGAUGACAGAAUAGUCCAUGAAUUAAAUACUACACUUCCAACAGCUUCCUUUGCAGGGAAAGUCGAUGCCAACCAAACCUGUAAAGAGCUCUACCAGUCUCUGAGGGAAGCUCAUGCCAGCAGAGAGAAAAUAAUCAAAAGCUGUAUUGCUCAGACUUCCAAUGUAGUAAAAACUCUCAGAGAAGAGAGGGAGAAGGCCCAGGAUGACGUAGCAUUAUUAAAGCAGCUCAGGCAAGAGCAGACAAAGUUGAAGCUGAUGCAGUCUGAGUUGAAUGUGGAAGAAGUAGUAAACGACAGAAGCUGGAAGGUAUUUAAUGAGCGCUGCAGAAUUCACUACAAGCCUCCAAAGAGCCAAUGAUGCAAGGAUGCUUCCCCUGAAGUUGUUCUACAAUCAUGAGAGCAAAGCUGAAGAGACAUGGGGCAAGCUGUGAGGGACCUUUCCAGAACCAGGAGAACCCAGUCUCAUUUUGUUUUCAGACUCACCUAGUUAAAAUCUCACAUUCAGCUGAUUCUCCUAAUUAAGAGAAACCAACUCCUAUUUUGUACAAAAUGUGAAAAACGAAUACAUUUUAUAACUAUUAAAAAAAUUUCAGAUGGAA